AUGCUCUUUAAGCAUUUUACUCCUCUAAAGAUCAUUUCUAAUAUUAAUAGAAAAUGUAAAUAUUUGAAUUUAUUUUAAUUAGAAUACCAUUCUGUCAUUUCAAUUAUUUAGUGUUCUUCCAAUUCAAAAGGAAUAUAUUUAAUCAAUGUAGUCAAAAAGAUUUGUUCUUGUUUGAACAACAUAAAUGUUGAAUUAUUCGGAUUAUCCAUAAUUUUCUAUUAAAGAGAAAAAAGCUAUUAAGUAGCCCAAAUUUUGAAAAUAGCAGCGGUUAGGCUCAGUUUAAUCAAAUAAAAUAUGAAGAAAGCAUUAUCUCUAUAAGAAAUGCGAGAUAUUUUAUUGGUAAUAUUUCCUGUAUUUCAAAAUAAUGGAUAUCUAAGAAACAUCUAGCAUUCCUGAAAAUUAUUUAUCUUGAUUAGUACUAAUCUUAAUAAUAAUGGAAUAUUCAGAUAUAAAGAGUAGAGGAAUAGAAUAAUA